UAAUCCAUUACUCAAAACCGACUUACGGUAUGAAAUAGAGUAGACAGAAAUUACCUAAUGGAGUAACUAAAAAAAAAAACGAGGCAAACUCAAAACCGACUUAAGUUUAAUGACGUUUUUCAUGCUCAAAGUCUCAAACCAUGCUUUAACUUUCACCAGAGUGACCGGGUGAUUUUUGCAGUUUUGCCCACACUCUGACACUCCAAAAAAAAAAAAUAUAUUAUCAAUUUAUCAUCAAUAUCAUUAUCAUCUUGUUCAUAUUUCCGUUUUCAAAGAGAAAUCCGCAGAAAUAUUUCACACGCAGUUGCAGGUGAAAAAUUAAAUGCUUCUUCAAUUUCUUCUCAUUAAAUGCUCCCAACUUCACACAACUUACCCCAAUUCCUUCAAUUUAUCUGCACUUCUGUUUUGUUCAAAUUUUGCUCUUUUGUCCCACUUUUUUUAAGUGCUUCAGACAAGAAAGCUGAUAUAUCAAGAUUUGGAGUUCCUUAUUCUAUUGACUGCAACCAUGAUUUAUCACUUGACUCACCGUUUUCAUCAAGGACCUGUGGCUCUGAAACCCCUCAUAAUGGGCGAUCCAUUGAUUCGAGUACAAGCUCAUCAAAUCACCGUGCCUCUUUGGAAAAGGAUGUAUAUUUGCUACAAUCACGUUUGCAGCAAGAGAAGUCUAUGCGCAUUAUGCUGGAGAAAGCAAUCGGUCGGGCUUCUAGUGCUUUGUCACCAGGUCAUAGGCAUCUUGCCUCUCAGGCAAAGGAGCUGAUUGCCGAGAUUGAAUUACUUGAAGAGGAGGUUUCCAAUAGAGAGCAGCAUGUUCUAACUCUUUACAGGAACAUCUUUGAGCAGUGUGCCAGUCAGCCAUCUUCUGUGCAAACCUCUAGCAUGAGUUCUCCUGUUCAUACUAAAAAUAAACCAAGAAAGCAUCCUAGCAAAAUUUCAAGCGCAACUUGCUCCUCGAAGAAAUUCCCUUUGCGAGGUCUUUCUUUAAAAAGCACUUCUGCAAAGAAAGAUGGCAAGAUUAAACAUGGCUCAUUAUGUGUAGGAAAAAUAGACAUCCAUAAUGAGAAGCCCUGUUCUAACCAGAUCAAGGUUCAUGGGAAGUCAUCAGACAUAGUAAAGAAUUCUGGUGUUCGAACAUUGAAGGAUUACCUUCAUCAGUGCCCUAGCAAAUUGUCUGAGGAAAUAGUUAACUGUAUGGCUGCAGUUUACUGCUGGUUUUGCAGUGCUACAUCAACAAACUCGGACAAUUUAGGGAAUCAUCAAUCAUCUGGUGUCUCAAAGUUUUGUGGUGAUUUUAAUCCCCAGCUUGGCAGCCAGAAAAAGCAUACUUCGAAAUCCAUGCUAGAGAUAUCCUCAAUGCCAACUGACAAAAAACAAGUUUCUCGUGCAUCUUAUGCAAUCACCAGCUAUAGAGCACUCGUUGAGCAACUUAAAAGGGUUAAUGUGAGCCAAAUGGAAGUCGAAGCCCAAAUUGCAUUUUGGAUCAACAUCUAUAAUUCACUCAUAAUGCAUGCAUAUUUAGCGUAUGGAAUCCCCCAUAGCUCUCUGAGAAGACUAGCUCUGUUUCACAAGGUUACUCUGUGUAGUGCAGGCGGGCUACAACAUUGGUGGCAUAGUUGUCACUGCAAAUGCCAUAGAACACUCAAUCUUCUGCUUUCGUACACCUUGAGUUGGUGGGCUGAAGGUCUACACAGCAGCCAAUGUCAAAGACGAGUUAGAACAGGCAAAGAGGGAGUUUCUUGUAUCCAACAUAAUUAUAAAGAAAUCAAAGAAAGUAUUUCUGCCAAAGAUGCUCGAAAGGUAUUCGAGAGAAGCUUCCAUGGGAUCUGACGAACUUCUCAAAUGGGUUUGCAAGAAUGUUGAUAAGAAGCUCCAAGACACAAUUCAGCGAUGCCUUGAUUCAAAGUACUGCAAGAAAGCAUCUCAGGUAAUAGAGUGGUUACCAUACAGCUCUAAAUUUAGAUAUGUAUUCUCAGAAGGACUAGCUACAAAACCUUGGUGGGUUUGAUAGCUUUUGAUUUUCUACUGCCUGUAUGAUGAGAACAUAUCGAGCGCGUUCCAUGAUCACAUGUUAGAAGUUCAAUUUUCCCAGGAAAAUGUAUUAGGAUGCUGCAUACCUAGACUUUUACUAAUCUUCUGCCUAGUUACUUUGUACAGGAGUUUUCUAGGUCCUUUUUAGUUCAUGAAUCCACAUGCUUUCAGUUACAAUCUAUCCCUAAAAUCCAAACUCUGUGUCUUACAAAGACGGUUUUCUGGCCGUCAUAACGUCGUGAUGGUUAUUGGGCCGUCAUUGAAUAUUAUUUGUGACUGUUAGAA